AUGACAGAAGUGGAGAAUAUUCAUCAAACUAGCUCAUCUUUGAUGGAUAGUAGUGAUGAGGAAAUUGAUCUUUUAAACAAUGACAAUCAUCACAAUAAUAAUCAAGAGCAUCUAACUAUUAGAUCUGAUAGUUCAUUAUCAAAAAGUACAUCAAGUUUGGAUCAAUUUGAAACUGGAAUCAAUCAUAAUAAUAAUAAUAAUAAUAAUAAUGGGAACAAAUUAUCACCUAUUCCCUUUUUCCAACCAAUUCCUCAACAAACCAACAACACACUUCAAACUAGUAUAAGUUUCAACAAUGAAGAAAUAAUGAAUCUUGUCCAACUUUUAUCAUGUUUUCCACAACCACCAUCGUACGUUCCACCGACACAUACCAUUGCACAAAGUCUAAAGUCUCGAAGAGACACUGUAUUUGGUUCUUCAUCCUCUACCCUCAACUCGAGUUCCAAUACAUUGUCUUCAGUGCCAUCAUCUGUCACAUCGACUCCAACUACAUCAAUGGCCAGCUUUGGAGGAGGAUCAACCAAUAAUAGUCACUCCAAUUUAAAUACUAGUUUUGGUGAUUUGAAAUUUAUUGAUCAAUCAAUUCAUAAUUCUUCAAAUAGUAUCAAUAAUAAUAAUAUAAAUAAUACUACUACUAAUAAUAAUAAUAGUCCAGCAGCGGUUCCACCAUUAUCAAAUUUAUCUGAUAGUGCCAAUACGACGCCAACCAAAAACAACAGUUCAAGUGUAAUUACGACGCCUCCCCCUCCAUCAUCAAAUCAAAUUACUGCUGCUGCUACUACUGGAAACCAACCAAGUAAAUACAAUAUCCAAAUAGAAAAUGAAACAAUAUCAUCAUCAUCACCAAGAUUACUAAAAUCAAAUCAAGAAGUAUCUAUAUCAUAUGCUAGCGAAAAGGCAAAUUAUCGUCUGACUCCUCGUGGAAUCAAUUUCAAGCCUGUCGAUUUCCAACCAUUAAACAACAACAACAACAAUAAUUGUAGUAUUAUACCCGAACAAAGUAACAAUAGUCCGAGAAGGGAUAAUUCAGCACCAACUACACCAACUCAAGCACCUACUACAUCCUCACCAUUCAUUGGUGUUGUAAAUCCAUCAACUGUCACUACUACCGCCACUUCCUCAUCAUCAUCAUCAUCACAUUCAACACCAACUCUAAACACUAUCGAAGUAAAACAACCACCACUUUCACCAGAAUGGGAGGUUAAUUUAAAUCAUUUAGAAUUACCUCCACCAUUGAGUAUAAAUGGUGAUACUGCUGGAGAGUCAAAUGGUGAUCCACUGUUUGAACAAUUGGCUCGAUCUUAUAAAUGCGAAUUUCCAACCUCUUCGCAAGAGCAUGUGAUCAUGCUCAACAACCUCUUGACACAAGAGAAUGGUCUCCUUUCCAUGUACUUGGACAAGUGUCACGAGUGUGUCACUACUCCAACCAACCCACUCGCACAAACAUCGUCUCCAUCGGCGCGUCGAUCGAUAUUUGUGUCGGCCGUAAAGUUGAUGCAAAACGACAAUGAACGACCGUCGAUCCGUCUCUCCAAGACACUCAUCUCUUAUGGAGCCAAUGCAAGCAAGAUUGGUGUCGGCAGUGUCGAGUGCCACCCCGCACCACUCAACAUUGAGUUGGUGUCUACGAUUACAGUGUCGUCUACAUCUUCUAAAAAGGUCAAGUUUAAAGUACUUAUGGGCCCACCGAGCAAGACGCACACCGUAUCGGUCGACCCAAUCGAAGGUGUGCUCAAAAAGAAAGAGUCGUGCUCCAUGACCAUUCGAUUGACCCUAAAGACAAGUGUCCGCAUGAGACGAGCCAUUAUAGUCGAGGUCGAAGGCGGUCUACGUCACUACAUCAUCUUGCACGCCGAGACGCGUCCAACACCCUUUGGCCUACCACUCAACAAGUGCGACAUGGUACAAGACGGCGCAUUUGCCACUGUGCCAUCCGUGUUGGUACAAUUAAAACGACAUAUCCUCGCCAAUGGCGGACUCAAUGUCGAGUCUAUUUUCAGACUGCCACCGGGUGACGAACGCACACUCAUGAUGACACGAGAGCGUGACUGGACCAACAACCAGCCACUCACCUCGUCCAACACCAACGAUCUCCACAACUCUGCCGCUCUCAUCAAGUUGUGGUUCCGCGAGCUCAAAAACCCAAUCCUCUCUCCCAUACGUCCAGAAUCCUUCCUUCAAUUCGAAGCCAACGAAACAGAACCAAAUGAAUCCAAAAUCAAUUCCACACUCAACCAACUACCUGAACCAAAUCAAACUAUUUUCCUUUGGUUAAUUGAUCUAUUAGCAACCAUCUCUAAAAAUGAAUCAAUUAACAAAAUGUCUUCAAAAAAUUUUGAUGAUCUUUAA